CUUUCCACUCACCUUCCAAAUGUCCCAAACCAAUGUUAUUGUCUAGUGUUUCCCACUUUCUUUAUUAAAUCAUCUACACUACUCAUUCCAACUCUGUAUAUAAAUCUUCCUCCACUUCAAAAUCUCUUACCACACAAAACCCUUUCAAGUUUUAACUAUUUUUUUCUCUCUCUAUCUAUCUAAAGCUACCUCUCCAAUCUCCAUCCCCAUCUUUUUCUAGUUCAGUGUUCAUUAAACACAAUGACUGCUACUUCUUCUAGCUCCAACAGUGUUAUAAUAUCUCCAAGAAAGCUUCGAUCCGAUUUGUAUUCAUAUUCGUACCAAGAUGAUUCGAAUAUCCCAUUAGUGGUUAAUGUUCUGGCUUCUCUUAUAGAAAGAAGUAUGGCUCGAAACCAAAGGAUCAUCUCCAAGAAUGGGAGCAGUAAGAAAGAGUUGUGUUUGUCCAGUAGAUCAGAUAUGAGGACACGAAUUUUUGACUGCCACGAGACUCCAGACAUGACCAUUCAAUCCUAUUUAGAAAGAAUUUUCAGAUACACAAGAGCAGGGCCCUCUGUUUAUGUUGUUGCCUAUGUUUAUAUUGAUCGCUUUUGCCAGACCAAUCCCGGGUUUCGGAUUAAUGCUCGAAAUGUUCAUAGGCUUCUCAUUACUACAAUCAUGGUGGCUUCUAAGUAUGUUGAAGACAUGAAUUAUAGGAACUCUUACUUUGCAAGAGUUGGGGGACUAAGCACAAAUGAGUUGAAUAAGUUGGAGGUUGAGUUUUUGUUCUUAAUGGGGUUCAAGUUUCAUGUGAAUUUAAGUGUUUUUGAAAGCUAUUGCUGCCAUUUGGAAAGAGAAGUUAGCAUUGGAGGAGGUUACCAUAUUGAGAAAACAUUAAGAUGUGCUGAAGAAAUUAAAUUUUCCAGCCAAUGUGAACAAGGAAGAUUUAAUCAAAUUGCUCGUGUUAUGCUAUAGUUACAGUGUAGAAUAUAGUUAUAAUUAGUUGAUGGUCAAUCAUCAUCAUGAUAAUCUUAUUAAAGAUUUUUGCUUUCAUUUUUGGGUAUGUUUUGCUACCAUAUAUAGAAGUGAGAGUGAGAUUGUAAUUCUAUGUAUAGAAUUGAGGUAUAUAUAUGUAUAAAUAGUUGAUCUUUGAAGCAUGUAAUUGAGGGUUUAUAGCUUUGGUGA